ACCAUCGCCGUGUCGCCUGUGCAGCGCGGAGUGCCAGCAGCCAGCCGCACGACGACCAGCACCUCGUGGAGGCACCUCGCGGAGGCACCUCGUGGAGGCCGAGACCCAGGCCGCGCCAAGCCAGAAGCCAGUGCAGUGCGUGUGACAGUGUGUGUGCAGUGCGGUGCAGUGCAGUGCGAACCCUCUCCCGAACGGACCUGCCCUCUCGCGUGUCCAUGCCACGACCGGCAUGGAGUCGGCCUUGGACGACGACCAGAUAGUCCCUGGGCACCGCGUCAGCGCCCCAGCCUGCUCCUCCCCCAGCGCCGACCUGGAUCCCUGGCUCAUGCAGUCGAAUGAGCUGACUCUGGACGCGCUGCUGUGCCGGCCCGACCUGCGGCCCGACUUGGAGCGACUGCAGAGGCUGCCGCUGCCGUUCGACAAUGACCUGGACAAGCCGAGGCGGCAGUCGGCCUCCACCAUCGACGAGUUCUUCGAGUGGCCGCGACCCCCGCCAGGGCCUCGGCUCGCACCCCCAGGUUCCUGCUCCACCAACCCGCAGCACGACGAUGAAGUGUUCCUGCGGCCGCCCGCGCUGUGGGAGGACAUCACCUCCUCCAUCCAGAAGCUGGACCCGGACAACGCCGAGAUGCUGGGGCUGCCCUCGCUCACCGGGCUCACGGGGCUCACCUCCAUGUCCGCCAUCAAGAUGGAGGUGAUGGAGGACCCCAUGAUGGGCGAGGUGCACCAAGUCCCCCAGCAGCAGCCCGCCGGCCUGCAGCCCCUACCACCCCCUCACCUGCAGCCGCAGCCCCACCCCCUCGCCCGCGCCCCCGGCAGGGGUAGGCAGCCCGGAAGGCCGGCCGCCCCCGCCAGCAGCACCCCCGCCACACCAAAGUACAACAGGAGGAACAACCCGGAGCUGGAGAAGAGAAGAGUGCACCACUGCGACUUCCCGAGCUGCACCAAGGUGUACACCAAGAGCUCCCACCUCAAGGCCCACCAAAGAAUCCACACGGGCGAGAAGCCCUACCGCUGUCAGUGGGCGGCCUGCGAGUGGCGGUUCGCGCGUUCGGACGAGCUGACGCGCCACUACCGCAAGCACACUGGCGCCAAGCCCUUCCGCUGCAACGUGUGCGACAGGUCCUUCGCGCGCUCCGACCACCUCGCCCUGCACAUGAAGCGCCACAUGCCCAAGGGCGCCAAGUAGGCCCGCCAGGACCUCGUCGCCGGGACCUUCAGGGUCCUCGCCACGAUGUCCGCGACCCCGCAGGAGCAUCUCGUCUGGAGCGCCACCCCGCCAGGCCGCCAGGCCUCCUCGCCCAGGCCAUCUAGGCCUUGCUGGACAGGCGCUGCGUGGACGCGUCCUCGAAGUGUCCUGAGGACGAUUGGUGCGUGCGUAAGGCGAGGCGCGACAGUGUAUCCACACACCGUCACCUCGACGCGACACGGCGUGCGGCCUCCAGAUGAAAUCAAGCGAAUGCUCACAAAUCUCAGUAUGUAGUGUGUGUGAAUUAUGAGUGUGACGGACGGACAUGAUUUACGAUUUUGUCAAGGUUGAAGAUGGCAGGUCACAGAUUGGUCGAUGACGAAAUGUUUCGCCAUGCUACAGUACAUUGUUAAUUUUUUUUUAUCGUCAUAGUUUGUAAAUCUGUGUUUCUUCGCAUGUGUGUCAAAGUAUCUGUAACAGAGGUACGAGUAAUUAAAUGUGUUUAAAUUA